AUGAAUUCAGGAAUUGAAAUAGCUAUUGACAGAGGUGGAACGUUUUGUGAUUUCAUCGCUAUAAUCCCAAACCAAGAGGACUAUGUAUUCAAACUAUUAUCAGUUGAUCCGCAAAACUACAAAGAUGCUCCAACAGAAGGAAUUAGAAGGGUAUUGGAACGUGCUUAUAAUACUAUCAUUCCGAAACAUGAAAAAUUGAAAUUGGAUUCUAUCAAAAGUAUUAGGAUGGGUACUACUGUUGCAACCAAUGCUUUAUUAGAGAGAAAGGGAUCCGAUGUUUGUUUACUUACUACGAAAGGGUUUAAAGAUGUAUUGUCAAUUGGAAAUCAAACUAGACCUAAUAUUUUCGACUUAAAAGCUAAGAAAUUAGAUCAUUUGUAUAAGACUGUUCUUGAAAUUGAUGAAAGAGUUACUAUUGAAGGUAUCUCUGAAAGUAAAAAUAACGAUUGCCAAAUUGAUAAGAAUCACGAUCAAACUUUAGUUAAAGGGAUUACAGGAGAUUUAGUCAGAAUAAUAAAGAAGCCUAACUACGAUUAUAUACAGCAAGAAUUAGAGGCUUUGUUUAAUCGAGGGGAAAUUAAGUGUAUUGCGUUGAGCUUAUUGCAUUCAUAUGUUUUUCCAGAACAUGAAUCUGAAAUUGCAAAAAUUUGUAGGAAAAUAGGAUUUGAAGUCUCCGUUUCUCAUGAAUUACAACCAAUGAUAGGCAUGGUUAACAGAACAUCCUCGACAGUUGCAGAUGCAUAUUUAACACCUAUUAUUAAAGAAUAUUUGACUAGUUUUGGAUCGGGAUUCGAAGGUGGACUAGAUGCUUUCGGUAAUAAGUUAUUAUUUAUGCAAAGCAAUGGCGGCUUGUGCCCGUGGUAUAAAUUUACAGGUUUGAAAGCAAUCCUAUCUGGCCCUGCUGGCGGUAUGGUAGGAUACGGAAAAACAUGUUUUGAUUCUGAUUCGACUAAGGCAACUAUUGGCUUCGAUGCAGGGGGUACAUCAACUGAUGUUUCAAGGUUUUCAGGAAAGCUUAAUCACAUAUUUGAAUCAGUUGUAAGUGAAGUCAGUUUACAAACACCUCAAUUAGAUAUUUCAACAGUUGCAGCAGGUGGUGGUUCAAUGUUAUUUUGGAAGAAUGGAAUGUUUGUAGUUGGUCCUGAAUCAGCUGGCUCCAAUCCAGGACCAGCCUGUUACCGAAAAGGUGGUCCCUUGACCGUUACUGAUGCAAAUUUAUAUUUAGGUAGGUUAUUGCCGGAAUAUUUCCCUAAGAUUUUCGGUCCAAACCAAGACGAAGCAUUAGAUUAUGAUAUAACUGUCAAAAAGUUUGAAGAGUUAACUUAUAUCAUUAAUCAAGAUAAAAAAUCUGAAGGAAUCAAAUUAACACCCGAAGAGGUUGCAAGUGGUUUCUUGAAAAUUGCUAUUGAAUCUAUGUGCAGACCAAUUAGAGCAUUGACAGAGGCAAAAGGAUUUAGCACUCAAGAUCAUAACUUAGCAUGCUUCGGUGGUUCUGGUGGACAGUUUUCCGUUUCAUUAUGCAAAAAUCUAGGAAUUUCACAAGUUGCUAUACAUAAAUAUUCCUCCUUGUUAUCUGCCUAUGGGAUUUACUUGGCUGAUAUUCUUAUUGAAAAACAGUCUCCAGCUUCUUGGGUUUUCGAAGAACGGAACUUUGUUGAGCUAGAUAAUAAGGUAAAAGAUUUAGUCAACCAAGUAUAUUGGGAUUGUUCGAAGCAAAAUUUAGAUAGGUUUUCCAGUAAAUUGGAAGUUUACUUUAAUAUGAAAUAUGUGGGAACAGAUACUCAUUUGUUAAUUCCAAAAAGAGAGGGAAACUACGAUUGUGCUGCAGAAUUCAUUGAAAGGCAUCAAAAUGAGUAUGGCUUCGUCUUAGAUCGGAAAAUCAUAGUCGAUGAUGUUCAAGUAUUAUUAAUUAUACAAAGGUCGGAAUGUGAAAGCUCAAAUCCAUUUGGGGAAUAUAAGGAGUUAUAUACUCUUGGAAUUGCAGAUGAUCCUUUUGAAACUAAAAUGGUUUAUUUUGAGAAACAUGGUUGGCUCCAGUCAUCAGUUUACAAUUUGAAUGACUUAAAUUUAAAGGUGGGAAAGGUUGUAGAUGGUCCUGCUAUAAUAAUAGAUGAGACCCAAACUAUUUUAAUUGAGCCACAAUCAAAGGCCAUAUCACUCAAAGAACAUAUAUUGAUCAAAGUUGAUAAAGAGAAGGAAAAUGAUAUAUCAAGCAGAAAAGUUGAUCCUAUUCAGUUGUCUGUUUUCGCUCAUCGGUUUAUGUCUAUUGCCGAACAAAUGGGCAAUACGUUACAACAAACAGCAAUAUCAACUAAUAUAAAAGAAAGAUUAGAUUUUUCUUGUGCUGUUUUCGAUGGUAAUGGCGACUUAGUCGCUAAUGCACCACAUGUUCCAAUUCAUUUAGGUGCUAUGUCUUUUGCAGUUAAAUCCCAGAUUAAUAUCUGGAAUGGAAAAUUAAAACAAGGGGAUGUUUUGGUUUCAAACCAUCCUAUAGCUGGUGGAUCUCAUUUACCUGACAUUACUGUAAUAACACCUGUUUUAGAUGAGAAUGAUAAGCCGAUAUUUUGGACAGCCUCUAGAGGACAUCAUGCCGACAUAGGAUCAAUUUCCGCUGGUAGUAUGCCUCCUAACUCUAAAUCUAUUCACCAAGAGGGAGCAGCGAUUGUUACACAUAAAUUAUGCGUAGAAGGAAAUUUUGAUGAAGACGGGAUCACAAGACUAUUGUUAGAAGAACCUUCCACAUACCCUGGGUGCUCAGGCACUAGGGCAUUGAGCGACAACAUAUCAGACUUAAAGGCACAGGUAGCUGCAAAUUACAAAGGUAUUUCUUUAUUGAAUAAUUUGGUCGACGAUUUCACAUAUCCCGUUAUAAAUCUAUAUAUGUCAGCAAUUCAGUCUACAGCAAGUGAAUCAGUUCGAAGACUAUUGAAAUUGACUGAUAAAAAAUUCAAUGGUAAGAAAUUGUAUGCAGUUGACUAUUUAGACGAUGGAACUCCGAUUUCUGUGUUAAUUUCAAUAGAUUCUGAUACUGGUGAUGCAAUUUUUGAUUUUUCUAAUUCUGGUAACGAAAUCUAUGGUAAUUUGAAUGCACCAAAAGCUGUAUUGUAUUCUGCAAUUCUAUAUGUCAUAAGGUCUUUGAUAAGUGAAGAUAUCCCUUUGAACAACGGAUGUUUAGCUCCUAUCAAGGUGAUAACAAAACAUGGAUCUCUAAUAGAUCCUUCUUCAGAGGCAGCAGUAGUAGGAGGUAAUGUUGAGACAUCUCAAAGAAUAGUAGAUGUUCUUUUAAAGGCAUUUGGAGCGGUUGCCGCAUCACAGGGAACUUGUAAUAACUUCACUUUUGGAAUCAAUAAUCCAGAAAACAAUGUUUCUUUUGGAUAUUAUGAAACAAUUUGUGGUGGAUCUGGUGCAGGUCCAAGCUGGAAAGGUCAAAAUGCUGUCCAAUGUCACACGACAAAUACUAGAAUGACUGACGUCGAAAUAUUUGAAAAGCGAUAUCCUGUUAUACUACAUGAGUUUUCAAUCAGACAUGGAUCAGGUGGUGUAGGUGAGCAUAAUGGUGGUAACGGAAUAAUCAGGGAUAUUGAAUUUACUAUGGCGAAUUUGGAAGUUUCAUGUUUAAUGGAAAGAAGGUCAAUUGCACCAUUCGGUUUGUCAGGAGGUGGAUCCGGUUUGAGAGGAGAGAAUUACUGGCUCAGGAAAUUAGCGAAAUCCCAUGCACAUCAAAAAAUUUCUAUUGGAGGCAAAUGUUCUCUUAAGGUGAAUAGUGGAGACCGUAUAAUUAUCAUGACUCCUGGCGGAGGUGGAUUUGGAAAUGAGAAAAUUAUUUAA